AUGUCUGGCUACCAACCCACGUCUGGACCGGCUUUCAACGCCCAGCCCACGAACAACAGCGAGUACGAAACCAAGCCGGUGAACUACGUCUGCGGCGAUUGCGAUGCGACGGUGUCGCUGAAAGCUGGCGAUGCUAUCCGCUGCAGAGAGUGUGGGCAUCGUGUACUCUACAAGAUGCGGACCAACAGUUUGAAGCGCGAUGAUGGCAAAUAG